AUGAAUGCAUUCCGAGCAGGCAUAAUCACCGUCUCCGACACAGCCUCCGCCGACGCCUCGAGUGAUCGAUCGGGUCCGGUGCUAUCUGAACAUCUUCUCACCGCUGGUUUCUCCGAUGUGCAACGCAGCGUCUCUCCCGACGAUGUCCAGUCCAUCCAGACGCAGCUCCUCCGCAUGGUCGACUCUCAACAUGUUCACCUCAUCGUCACCACCGGCGGCACCGGUUUCGGUCUACGAGACGUCACACCAGAAGCCGUAGAACCGCUCAUCACGCGCAAAACACCCGCCCUUACGCACGCCCUCACAAACCACUCGCUCCAAAAGACUCCCCUCGCCGCUCUUUCUCGAGGUAUCACCGGUAUACGCAGGUCGCCCUCAGGGAAGGAAGCGUUGAUCGUCUGCUUGCCAGGGUCGCCAAAAGCGGUCAAGGAGUGUUUGGAGGUUCUGUUGGGGAACGAUUUGCUGAAGCACGCGUUGGAGCUGUUGAACGGUGGGUCUGGCGAGGCAAAACACAAGGAGAUGCAAGGUGGAAUGCAUAGAUCUACGGUCAUCGACACUGCUACCGAUACAGGCUGUGCACACCACCAUCACCAUCACGGCGGGGGAGGAAUCCACUCUCACUCGGCGCCGAAACCACGGACAACACCAGCCGACCACUCUGGCUUCCGAACGAUCGAUCCUUCUUCCGGACCAUCGCUUCGACACCGCACCUCGCCAUACCCCUUGGUCGACCUUGAUGAAGCGCUCUCGCUCAUAGCAAAACACACACCAGCCCCGACCAAGGUGGAGACGCUUCCCCUCAACACAUCCUUGAUCGGCCACGUUCUGGCAGAAGACGUUUCCGCCACCUCCGACCUUCCCCCAGGCCCCACGACAAAUGUCGACGGCUACGCUGUCAACGCCGCCACAACCCCUCCCGGAAAAUACACCGUAGUCACGCUCAAAGCCCUGCAAUCUCGAAGCCUGCAACCUGGUGAGAUCUUCCGCAUCAACACGGGACAAGGGCUUCCCUCUGGAACGGAUUCCGUCGUCAUGGUGGAAGAUACCGAACUCAUUUCAUCCGACGACGCUUCCGGCGAGGAAGUUUCGGUGAAACUUCUCGCGCAGGUGGAUCCAGGCGAAAACGUUCGGGCGAGGGGGAGCGAUGUUCGCGCUUCGCAACUGGUGCUACCCCGCGGCACGACGAUCAGCGCGCUCGGCGGCGAGAUCGGGACGCUCGCCUUCCUCGGUCGAUCCUGUGCGAAAGUCUUCCGCAAACCCACCAUCGCCAUCCUCUCCACCGGCAACGAACUCGUCGAUCCCACCCCUUCUUCUUCCCAGACCAAAACCGACUGGGGUUUCAACGUCUUCGAUUCCAACCGACCCGGUCUGACCGCAGCCAUCACCGGUCUCGGUUUCAACGUGCUCGAUCUCGGGAUCACCACCGAUAACGUCGAUACCACCCUGCGCGCUCUCCGCACCGGUCUGUCCGAAGCAGACGUGGUUCUCACGACAGGUGGGACGAGCAUGGGAGAAUCGGACCUGCUCAAACCGCUCAUCGAACGUCAACUCGCCGGUAGAAUCCACUUCGGUCGUGUAGCCAUGAAGCCGGGUAAACCUACGACGUUCGCUUCGCUCAACGAGGGUGAAAAGAUCAUCUUCGCUCUGCCGGGAAACCCAGCUUCGGCACUGGUCACGUUCUACGUGUUUGUACUGCCGUGUCUGCGCAAGCUCUCCGGCGUACCUCCCAGCGUGGAGGAUGGAUGGAACCUACCCAAAGUCAAUGUAAAACUGUCGAGCGGGAUGAAGUUGGAUCCGCGACCGGAGUUUCACAGAGUCGUAGUCAAGGUCGAUGCGGACGGCGAGUUGGUAGCCUACAGUACGGGCAGCCAGAGAAGCUCGGGUAUGCACAGCAUGUCCACUGCCAACGCGCUCAUCGCACUACCCGCGUUGCAGAAGGAUGGCCAGCGGAUGGUCGAGAAGGGUUCCAGGGUCAGGGCGAUCCUGUUGGGUGCUGUUGUGUAA